AUCCGCUAUACCGCGCGUGAACUUUCCGCCUGUCCCAGUAUCCCGUUGAGAAAAUAACGCGGUGCGCGGGACGGUGUGGGUGUGUGAGUGUGUGUGUGAGAGAGAAGUCGCGUGUGAGUGUGUUUGUGAGGUGUGUGUACGCCUGCGGAGUUGUUAGAGAUGGCGUCCGGUGUACGCACUGUUUUGUUCGGAUUGAAGUUACUGCUGUUCGCGGGCUUGGUGUCGGUAAAGUGCGCGAACCGAAAUGACCUGCUCGACUACGGAUAUCAGUUUGGAGAUCAGACUCUGCAGCCCGGUACUGAUCAGACUCAGAGGGUCCAACUGGAACGAGCUGUGCACUUCUUCGAAAAAACUUUUCAAACAGUUUACGUCAACACCAAUGGAUUUGUCUCUGUGGAUAACCCUCCAGCUCAGUCAGAGUAUUUGGGUAAGAUGCCUGCUACUUUUGGCAUUAUCGCAGCUUUCCUUGGGGACCUGGACACAAGCGAUGGAGUUGGAAAAGUCUACUUCAGGCAGGACACCAGCUCAGAACUGUUGCAGAAGCUCGCCAAAAGAAUUCAUCUGGCUUUUCCAGACGAGAGCAAGCCUGAGUUGAUUCAUGCCUUUAUUGUGACCUGGGAUAAUGUAGCAGCUCAGGGAGAACCAGAAAGAGGAGAUGGAUCUUACAAAAAAAGAAACACUUUCCAGCUUGUUUUAGCAACUACAGAGUUGAGCACUUAUGCCAUCCUGCUCUACCCAAAAGAUGACAUGCAUUACUUCUCCACUCCUAUAGAGGAUGGGAAUCGGGCCAUUGAGGCUGGCUUCAGUCAGGGUGAUAUUGAGUCCUGGCUCUGGCCUACACAAGGCAUUUAUUAUCGCAUCCCAGCUAAUGUCGAGUCCCCAGAUGUCAGUGAACUCACAGAACUAACAAAUUCUGGCACACAUGGUUUGUGGGUUUACAAGAUUGGUUCCUCCACUGUUUUCACUAAUAUUAUACCAGGCCAUGUCACCACUGUGAAGAAGGUGUUUCUUCGGGAACUUCCAGAAAUUUCAGAGCCCGUAUUCUCUGGACAAGAUGAGUUACUUUAUGAAGCAAAAACAACCUUACCAGAAUUCAUAAUACCAAUAACAAACUCACCACCUUUAUCCAAGAGUAGGGCCUAUUAUGAGCACUACCCUAUACCACGGGGGCCCAGGCCAGUAGACAAUCAGGAGGUGCUAGUUCUGGAUGAGCAUGAAGAAAACAUAAAUGUUAAUGUGUUUAAUUAUCAUGAAAAGUGCACCAACAACAGACACAAAUGCUCCAGUUUUGCAGAUUGCCGAGAUUACAAUACAGGAUACUGUUGCCAUUGUAAGGAAGGCUAUUAUGGCAACGGGAACGAUUGUGUUGCUGCGGGCAAACCGCAGCGGAUGAAUGGGAAAGUUAAUGGCAGAAUCUACGUUGGCAGCUCAAGUUUCCCGGUCGAGUUCUCUGGCAACGACUUGCACUCGUAUGUGGUAGUGAAUGACGGACGGGCUUAUGUUGCUAUUAGCAACAUCCCAGCCAGUGUUGGUUAUUCUCUGCAGCCUCUCUCCUCACUCGGAGGAAUCAUUGGUUGGGCUUUUGCCCUAGAGCAGCCUGGAUUUGAGAACGGCUUCAGUGUUAUUGGAGGAGUUUUCACUCGUCGAGCUGAGGUAAGCUUUCAGCCAGGUGGAGAGAAACUUACCAUCACCCAGGAGUUCAAAGGAAUCGACGAGCACGACCACCUAGUGGUGAGCACUCACCUGGAUGGCAGGAUCCCAGAAGUUUUACCUGGUGCCAGUGUCCAAAUUGAUCCCUACUUUGAGAUCUACCAAUACUCUAGCAACUUGAUCACAUCUACGUCCACACGGGAAUACACAGUAAGCCCCCCUGAUGGUCCUGUUCAGACUCUGAGCUACCAGUGGAGGCAAAGGAUCACAUUCCAAAGCUGCCAGCAUGGUGAAUCUAUUCUCUCUGCUCUACAACCAAGCCAGCAGCUCAGCGUGGACCAGGUGUUCGUCAUGUACGAUUCUACCAAUCAGCUCAUCCGCUAUGCCAUGAGCAACAAGGUCGGGCCUGUUGGUGGAACCCCGGAGCAGAAUGCAUGUUACACUGGGAGACACGGAUGCGACACCAAUGCAGCCUGCCUCCCUGGACAUGGAAAUGAAUACACAUGCCAGUGUGCUUCAGGCUUCACAGGCGAUGGACGCGCAUGCUACGAUAUUGAUGAAUGUGUCGAGGCCGCACGGAUCUGUGGCGCUCACGCCAUCUGUAAUAAUCAUCCUGGGACUUUCCGCUGCGAAUGUAUGGACGGCUUCCAGUUUGGCGCCGAUGGCCGCACCUGUGUCCAAGUCCACCAUGACAUCAAUCACUGCCAGAGGGGGACACACGACUGUGACAUUGCUGAACGCGCCCGCUGUAGCUACACUGGUGGUUCAGAGUACAUCUGCUCCUGUCUGCCUGGCUUCACAGGAGAUGGCAGAGUAUGCCAGGAUAUUGAUGAAUGUGUCGAGGCCGCACGGAUCUGUGGCGCUCACGCCAUCUGUAAUAAUCAUCCUGGGACUUUCCGCUGCGAAUGUAUGGACGGCUUCCAGUUUGGCGCCGAUGGCCGCACCUGUGUCCAAGUCCACCAUGACAUCAAUCACUGCCAGAGGGGGACACACGACUGUGACAUUGCUGAACGCGCCCGCUGUAGCUACACUGGUGGUUCAGAGUACAUCUGCUCCUGUCUGCCUGGCUUCACAGGAGAUGGCAGAGUAUGCCAGGAUAUUGAUGAAUGCCACACUUCCCCUUGCCAUAGAGAUGCCAACUGUUACAACACACAAGGAUCUUAUACCUGUCAGUGCAAUGCAGGUUUCUAUGGUGAUGGCUUUAGGUGCACAGCUGAUUCAGUGCGUGAAAAGACUGUAUGCGAACGACACAGAGAAACAGCCCUGGCAGCCACAUCUACAGGAGUUUUGACGGUUGGCCAGUACAUCCCUUCAUGUGAAUAUAAUGGAGAAUAUACGCCGAUGCAGUGCCACGAGAGCAUCGGCCAGUGCUGGUGCGUGUAUCAUAAUGGCCAGGAAAUCCCUGGAACCAGAACUGGACCAGACAGCAGACCCUCAUGUCAGGAUUAUGUCCCUAUUGGCCCCACCACCAGGCCGGAUGUCAGACCACCACCACCAGGAGCUAACCUUCUGUUUGCCCAGAAUGGCAAAAUUGAUCACAUUCCACUGGAUGGCAUCAACAUGAAGAAAGAGGAGACUAAGACAAUGCUACAUCUACCAGAUAAGGUGGUGAUUGCUGUGGCGUACGAUUGUGUGGACAAAAUGGUGUACUGGACCGACAUCACACAGCCCUCCAUUAGCAGAGCCAGCGUUCAUGGAGGCCAGCCCACAAUCGUUAUCUCAAAAGAUUUAGAAAGUCCUGAAGGAAUAGCAAUCGACCACCUGUCUAGAAACAUGUACUGGACAGACUCUGCCUUGGACCGGAUUGAGGUGUCCAGGCUUGAUGGACAGCAUCGGCGCAUGCUCUUUGACACUGACCUUGUAAACCCCAGGGCCAUCAUUGCUGACCCAGUUAAUGGACGUCUCUACUGGUCAGACUGGAACAGAGACCAGCCUAAGAUUGAGAUGUCCAACAUGGAUGGUACAGACAGGGUUGUUCUUGUGCAUGAUAACAUAGAACUCCCCAAUGGACUCUCCUUUGACCCACAUACCAGGCAGCUGUGCUGGGCAGAUGCAGGAACACGUAAGGUGGAGUGCAUUAACCCGUACACUCGGCUGAGGAGAAAGGUGGUGGAAGGACUACAGUACCCCUUUAGCAUUGUCUCUUCUGGAAGAAACCUUUACUAUACAGACUGGAGAAGGUAUAAAUGCACAAAAAUACUGUAUUUUUUGCCAAGCAAUUCAUUUUCCAAUGUGCUUAAAUGCUGAUUAUUAAAAUCUGAUAGCCC